AUGCCGUCGACCGCCACGACCUUGACGGUGCUGACCGUCAACUUUGCCUGCCGCGACGUGGCUCCGCUCUCGGGAUGCGACAACUGCGCCACGCGCUUCGGCCUGAUAGCCGACGCCAUCAGCGGCACCAAUCUGUCUGCGUACAGCGGCCUCCCUGACCUCGACUCGGUGGAUGUCAUCAUUGCGCAGGCGCGGCUGCGCACGCUUACCCAUGAGCUCGGAACCGCCGCGGAGAACUUUGCAGACGUGACCGCGGCGCUCUCCGCGAGAGGGUUCGUCCACAGCACGGGCGAUUCCGCGCCUACGGCGUCGGACCCGCAGUGCGCCGACGCGCCAGGCCCGCUCUUUGACCUGGCGGACAAGCAGGGCUUCGUGACAGCGGAGGACAUCCGGACGUACCAGAUGUCGGAGAUUGCUGCCUUCAAAGACUCCGUCGCCGCUGCCCUCGGCGGUGCCGGACUCGCGUACAGCGUCGUGAUGGGAGGCGACUUCAACGAGGACGCCUACGCCGCGGCCGCCUCCGCCACGCCCGACUGCAGCCUCAUCACCGACCAGCUCACCGUCCAAAAGAUGGGCGCGGUUGGCCUGGACCUCCCCGCGGCGUGCGCGACGGGGGCGAUUGGCCCAUACACCUGGGACACCUCCACAAACGACCUGGCCGCCAUCUUUUCGGACGGCGACAGCUACGAGGCGAGCCUGCUCGACUACCUAGUCUACUCGAGCAGCUCGGACGGCGCGCUGACCGGCGCCGCCACGCCGAACGAGGUCUCGACCCUCCGCGCCGCCGACGCGUGGGCCGGCGUCUUUUGCGAGAGCGACAUCUUUGGCACGCUCGCCCCGUCUGCUCCCGGCACCGCGCACGCCCUCACCGACCACAACAUCGUCACCGCCACCUUCGCGCUCCCCGUGACCGGCGGCGGCGGCGGCGCUGCCGCCGCGACCGCCGCCUUUGAAGCCUCCGUCGCGGCGUGGCGCGAGCCGAGUGGUGCGCAGGAGGCGGCGUGCGGCCAGCAGGGCGCCGUCUGCUUCUACGACACAAACUGCUGCGAGGCGGCCUUCUCGUGGACGGGCGUCGAGCAGCACUGCGUCUACUACGAGUGCACGCCCGACGACGACGAUUUCGCCCAGUGGCUCGUCAUCGCACUCCCCCUCCUCGGCGGGGUGCUGCUGCUGGCCUGCUGCGGCGCGGCACUCUGCUAUUGGCGGAGGAGGAGACGUGCGGCUGGCAAGCCGGCGGCGGAGGCGUCGAGGGGGGAGGCGGUCAUCGGUGAGGCUGCUUAAGACCGCGAACCGAUGUGCAUGUUCGAUGCCAAAGAAAAUAAGAAUUUUAAACAAAA